GCCAUGAACAUCACGAUGCUGCAGGCCCUCAACGGGUCCGAGCGGUGCCCCCGAGACACGCAGACAGCCCGGCUGGUGUUCCCGGCCCUCUACACGGGCCUGUUUCUUGGCGGCAUCCUGCUGAACAGCCUGGCCCUGUGGGUGUUCAUCCACAUCCCCAGCUCCUCCACCUUCAUCGUCUACCUCAAGAACACCUUGGUGGCCGACCUGAUCAUGACGCUCACGCUUCCGUUCAAGAUCCUCUCGGACGCGCACCUGGGCCCCUGGCAGCUGCGGGCAUUCGUCUGCCGCUUCUCCGCGGUCCUCUUCUACGCGACCAUGUACGUGGGCAUCACCCUGCUGGGCCUCAUCGCCUUCGACCGCUUCCUCAAGAUCGUCAGACCCUUCAGCAAGUUCCCCGUGCAGAGGCCCGCGUUCGCGAAGGCCACCUCGGCCCUCGUCUGGCUGGUCCUGCUCCUCCUGGCCCUGCCCAACAUGAUCCUGAGCGACAGGGAGGCGACGCCGGCCUCGGUGAAGAAGUGUGCCUCUCUGAAGGGUGCGCCAGGACUGAGAUGGCACCAGGUGGUGACGUACGUCUCGCAGUGCAUCUUCUGGACGGUCUUUGUCCUCAUGCUGGGCUUCUACGUGGUGAUUGCCAAGCGAGUCUACCACUCGUACCGCAAGUCCAGGAGCCAGGACGGCAGGGGCAACAAAAAGCUCGAAGGGAAAGUGUUUGUGGUGGUGGCUGUGUUCUUCCUGUGCUUCGUCCCGUUCCACUUCGCCAGGGUGCCCUACACGUACAGCCAGACCCACAACCAGACCGACUGUCGCCUGCAGCACCACCUGUUCAUCGCCAAGGAGACGACGCUCUUGGUGGCAGCCACCAACAUCUGCAUGGAUCCCUUAAUCUACAUCUUCCUGUGUAAGAAGUUCACGGCCCGACUGCCCUGCGCGAGAGGGGGGCAGGCCACAGGCUCGGGCCAAGAAAACCACAGCAGCCAGACAGACAACAUAACCCUGAGCUGACAGCUUUGUGCAAGGGAGCUUCAGAGACGUCCUGGGACAUUCCACGAUCAAGGCCUCUCCUGCGAGACUGACUUCCAUGGAUGAGGGAGGGGGAACUGGGAUUAUUGACAGGGGAGACUUCAAAGAGGGAGAUUCUUGCUGCGAAGUUUUCAGCCAGCAAAGAAAAGCUCCCAGAUGGGAGGGUCUCUCAUCCGGGCUAUCAUCCUGCUGGCAAAAGAGAAUGGCACUGAUGUGAAUUCGGCAAAGGUAUUUUCUUCUGCUUCUUUCAUUUUUUAGAUUUUUAAAAUCAAGGUAAGAUGGAUGCACGCUGUGCAGUAAUUUAAUA